UUUCCAACUCACCUCCUCACACGAAUGCUGCACUCAUACUGCCAAUUUUCGGUCAUUCGAACGACAUCUCCGCUCGUAACAUCUUCAGUCAACAAAAACACUGUCAGUGACGUCAGGCAGGGAUGUAUUCAAAAAUAACCUACUAAAGUCAAUCGUCGUCCACUUCAACCAUUGCUCUUGAAACUUCUCGUCAAAAACGGUACAAAAAACUCACACAUUCAGUAGAAAGGAAUGGAAACUGUUAUUAAUCUUGAAUUGAGAAAGGGUGUAAUUGCACACAAACAUUCCAAGUCCGACAUCUUCUUUCGCGUGCGCGCUCUGCGCAUUUCAACUGUUGUGUGCCUUGCGGGGCGUGUUCAUUUGUUCAGUAUAGGGUAUUCCAUAAGUAAUGGGAAACAAUAUCUUUGGUGUGAGAUGCUGUAAUCUUCACAUAGUGUGUUUUUAUGAUAUUGUUAGAGUAGUUCGGAAAUGAAAUGCUUGUUUAGUAGUGAGUUUUGGUGUGUAUGUGGAUAGAAAGGAACUCGUAUUUAAAAACCACCUGCAGGAAACGUCAAAAGGAACUGGGAGGAGCUGUCACUUGCCUUUCAAAGAAUUACAAAAUUCUGGAAUAAUGGCUGAUGUUAUCAAUUUGUUGUGCAGUUCUAUGAAAUUGGAUCGUGACAAAGGUGUGAGCGAGCUGCAAAGGUUGUUGCCAUCCUGUAUGGAUACAGAAAGGAUUAAUGCUGAGUUCCAACUGAUCAAUCUUCUGAGUGACAGCAGCAGUUCAUGGGAAACAAAACAUGGAUGUCUUAUGGGUGCAAAGUGCAUUGUUCCUUUUGUGAAUCUUGAUGAUGAACAUGAAGAAGAAUUCAUUCAAAAAAUAAAGUGCUCUUCUCAGAGACUUUUGACAGAUGUUGAAGUAAGAGUAAGAAUGUCUGCAGGUGAGGUAUUAGGUGCUUUGUGUGCCAAAUGUGGCACUGUCAUUUACCAAGAAACCAAAGAUUAUGUGUUGAACCUGGUGAGAAAUAACCUUGAUAGACAAAUCGGAGAAGAUGAUGCAUCCAGACAAGAAAAAUUGGAAACAGAGAAGCUUAUGGAGAAAUUAGCAGGUUCAGCUCAGAGGCGGAAUAGUGCUGAGGCAGCUCAAAUAUUUCACGACACUGCAGGUUGGAAGAACCUUGAGACUAGUCUUAAGUGCCUUCAAGCUAUGAUAGAUGGCUGUGGGACGAACUUUCAGCCUUUUGUGGACGAAGAACUUCUGGAAUUAGUUUUCCAGACCCUAACCCAUACCAAUCGUUUUGUUCGCGAGACUGGUUUUUUCGUUUGCUCAUCACUUGUCAGUUGUGGAAACAGUGAUGAAGAUUUGGAAUCGAGGGACAGUGUGUGUGCAGUAAACCCAAUUUUUACAUUUGGUCACGAGUUCAGCAGUCAUCUCACUAAAGGACUUGCAGAUAAUUGGAGCCAAGUGCGGCUGGCCGCUUCUGUGGCUACGAGAAAGUUCUUACAGUCCUUGCCAAAUGAGAACACAAGAGAAAUCUUCUAUGGAGAUCUUUUGCCAAGAAUGUGUUUAAACAGGUACUACAUAGCAGAAGGGGUUCGAAUUUACUCCCAAGAGACCUGGAGGCAAGUGGCUGGCUCUAAGGGCAAAGACCUUGUGGAGAAGUUUAUCGACAGUACUGUGACUUAUUAUGUGAGUGCCACGCAAAGCGACAAUCAUGCUGUGCGGGAAGCUGCAUGUGCCUGUAUUGCGGAGCUGGCUGCGAAGAUCAAGGCUCCUGCAGUACGACCACACGUGGAGGAAUUGCUGCACACGUUGGUCCAGUGCUUUCAAGAUGACAGCUGGCCGGUCCGAGAUGCGGCAUGUCUUGCUUGUGGAAAUUUCAUCCAAUGCUUUCCUGAGGAAUCGCGACCUGCUCUCCCAUCUCUCUACCCAAUGUUCUUCAGGAAUCUUGAAGACCCAAUACCUUCCGUUCGUCAGGGGGCUGCUAGCUCUUUGGGAAAUGUUGUGCGUGCAUAUGGAGAAGAGGCCCUGGAAUGCGUAAUGGAGAAGAUUGUCGCUGGCCUAAAGGGCAUUAGGAAUCAGCCGCAUGAAUCAGAGAAGUAUUCAGAAAUGGAACGAGGUCCUGCUACAUUUAGUGUGGUGAAAAGACUGCGUGACAAUGAUAUUGAAUUACAUUCUGAUAAUCAGAUGUAUUCAUGUGGUUCUCUGGCUCCAAAAAUGGGUCGUGGAGGAGGUUGUUCAGAUCACCAGUUUAGGAGGCCAUCGCAACCCUGGGAACUUGCUGAUGGGUGUGUAUAUUUGCUGUCGGAGUUAUCUCAGAUCCCAGACGCUCUUCGGUCUGUCAUGAACACACUGCCACUGGUUGCUGAAGCAUGCCACUACAGGCACUACACCCACCACCUUGUCUUUUUGGAAACGGUGUGCAAACAACUUCCAGUUCUAGCCAAAGGUCUCGGAAAGAAAACUUUCAAGAGUGUAGUUGAAGAGUUUCUUGAUGCAAUAUUUUAUGCAUUGGAAUGUGAGAAUGCUCUAGCUUCAAGUGCUGCUAGUCAGUGUCUGAAUCAACUGGGAACUCUUUUGGGACCAAAUAUUCUGAGAGCCAAAGUUGAAAACCAUAAUCCUGGGCAUCUCCAGUACCUUGACGCCAAUGUGCACAUUGCUCCGUUUUGAUGGACCACUUUCCGAAUUCACAUCGCUCCCACUGUUCUCAGAGUGCGCUCUACUUCUGUGAUAUUGUGAUAUUCUUUUCAUGUAACGUCCAUGUCUCCAAAUGUGACAGGAAAUGUGAACUGCACACACUUACGGUCUUGUCUAGUGGGGAAAAAAAAUGUCAAUUGCGGAAUUUACUGAAUGCUCACAUAUCUGUAAGUGUAUAUUGUAAUUUUUAUUGACCUUUGAUCAUUUAAUUUCAACUUGUGGUUAUGAACAGUGAGUGACAUCUGCAUACAUCUCCUGCCACCAUUAGGAAUUCUGGACCGUCGUUUCCUAGUGCCAUGAAUAUGACUGACUGAACUUUUUACUUUUUUUCUUUCUUCCUUAAACUUGUCUUCAAGAUCUCUUGAAACAAUCCUAUGCUCUGCAUUAAGAUGCAGAAAGUAAUUAUACUACUUAAAGAAGAUAUUUUCUAGAUUGUUGAUAUUGUUGUGUUCCAUGUUUAUUCAUUCUUCCUCAGGAGUCGGCAACUAUUCUGCUCAUAUUGUACUAAGAAUUAUUGACAUACAGAUUUCAAUUCUGCAACCACUGGAGUUAUUGUUAACAGACAAAUUCAAAAUAUUAACAUUAAAAAGAACAGAGCAGUUUCAUUUAUUAAAGAAAUUUCUUUUUUGAAAAUGAAAUGACUUUCUUCAGUCUUUGAAUAUCAGCUAUGUCAGGUGCCACUGAGAAUUUCUUGACAGUACUUGUACAAGAUGUUCGCUCUAGAAAUUGUUAUUGUAGUGUUUCUAAUGACUUCUUCUAGAGCACAUACCAAUCUUCUGCUCGCUAGUCCAGUCAUGGUAAUGCUGCAAUGCUGUCCUAACGAUGACUGAUAUCGGCAACUUCUCCACUGACAUAAUCUAGCCUUUGCCACUAAUUUGGUGCGAACAAAUUCUUUGCGCAAAAUUCACUCUGCACUGAAACACAAGUAUUCUUACAACAAGCAUGUAAUAAGUAGACUCGGAAUUUUAAGCACAAAAAAGUGAUGAUUCAAAAUAAUGUGUUUUAGGCUAAAAACAUAAAAACAUUAAAAUAGGCAUCAACUGUCCUUUUGGGCAAUUUUGGCACUGAAAUACUUUCAUAGGUCUUUUUUAGAUUCAUAAACAUCUGUAAUUAUUUUCCACGACCUUCUAAAGGAAUUAAAUAAGCAUUUGUCCUAAAAUACAAGGUGUAGUAAUAAGGGCACAAGAUAUAAUAAAGGCUACUCAGAUCUGUAUGCAGGUGCAUUGUUUUGACAUCAGGAAUGAAAGACUUUUGACAAAUUGUGCUUUAUCAGAGCAAAUAUCAUGUCUUGGAUAUUGUAGCUUAACAUUAGAAUAACAGAAACAUUCAUUUAGACCAUUUAGCAGUUUCAGUUUCACUUUGUUCCUUUGUUUAUUGAUUUAUCUUGCUUAUUUUUAGUGACUUCUAAUAUAUUUUCGAGAUCUUUAAAAUAAUGAUGUAUAAUUGUUUUUAAACAACUUGGUUUUCCAAGAUAAUGCUUAAUUCUUUUGUUUUAUCUGUAACAAUGGGUCACCAAUCAAAUUAAUGCUUGUUUCUGUAUUUGAGAUGCGACUGAAUUUCUUACAAUUCUGUUUACCACCUUGCUCUGUUGUUGAUGUUUCCAUAUACUCAGUGGAGUCACAUUUCGGUAGAUCGAGAGAAUAGCUACCCUCCUUUCCAAACCCCCUGAACGUAUAAAUCUCCGUAGUAACAUACUUUGAUUCAGUGAACUUAUUCGUAUUUUUCACACUAGAAAUCUAAUUUUAUUGUCAAUGCAUUUUGACACCAAGUGGUUCGCAACAUGCUAAUUCAUAUCGCUACCCAACGGAUCCAACGUGCUAUGUUCACGAGGGCCUUCUGGCCCUUGCUCUUGAGACCUUCGCGCCCCUGCUGUUGCUCUGCUGCUCUCGCUGUUUUAUAAACCUCCCUCACUUUUAAGAGAAUUUCUUUUAAAGAGAACACUCACUUUUAGGCGAAUUUCUAUUAAAGGGAGUAGUAAAUAAAUAGACAUUUAAAAAAGUAACUAACCUGUUAAUUCCCCUCACCUAACUUCUCCAUUACCAUAAAAAUUACCAUUUAAAAUUUCACUCAUUCUAACCAAUACCAUUAAAAUCACUAGAAAUGCAAUUAAGAAUAAUUUUCAACUUACAUCAAUAUAUGUGAAGAAGAAGAAUUAUGAAAAAACACUUUCAUAAAAUAAAUAAGCGAGUGGAAAAUAAACAAUUGCUUAGAAACGUAUGUAACUAUUAAUAUUGACAUAGGGGGUAGCUAUCCCGAUCAGCCCACAUUUCAACUAUAGAUGUGUAUCCUAGUAUAUUGAUUGACUGAUAAUCAAGAUGACAAAUGUAGUCGAUUCCAAUCUAUUGCAAGAAAAAAAAAACAGUUAAACAAUCCUUGUGCAAGAUACUGAAAAAUUAUUUUUGGCAAAACUGGAGAUACAAGUAUUAAUUGUGUGUUUGAAAUGUAAUAUCUAGUAAGUAAAUAAAUAUGAUACAUAUUAAGUAAAAAUAUUGUGUAAAUCCAAAAUAUAUUCUUAAAAGACAUGCAUUACUACUCAGGUUCCUCAAACAUAAAUGAAUCAACUAACCAUUUUUUUUAGCAGUCACUGUGACAGCUCUCAGUGUUUGUAGGGAGGACAACAGCAUUGUUGUCUUUUAGUGUUAAAGACGUGGUAGAUUAACCAAUUUUUACUUAGGGCAGCAAGUUUAAGAUAAGAGUUCUUUCUCCUCCAUGUGCUGUAUUCCAGAUUCUGUAUUGGCCAAGCCAGACAUGUAUUGUUCUUAAAAACCUUUCUACACAAGUAACUCCAAAUGGCAGAUCCUAAAUUUGGCCAAAGGUCAUAUUAUUGCCGACUCCUCUUUCAUAUAGGCUGCUUGUUUUUGUGUGUGUUGCAUAACUGUACAUAGAUGUUGAUUUUAUUAAUGUGUUGUUUUAAUAAUGAAGUGAAUUGCUGUGAAAUUUUGCAAAUUAACUCUUUUUGAUGUGCUUUUAUUUUUAUUGGUUUGUAGCCUGCUAUUUGGCAAAUGUAAUAAUCUAUUAUAAUAAACAUACUCUUGAUCUAAGAUA